AUGGUUGAUUCGUGUCUUACCAGGUCAUCUCUCUGGAGACAUGUAGAGGUUCUUAGUAUGAAGAAGAAUAUGUGUGCAAUAAGCGGUUCGUCUUAUUCUGAUUUCUUGAUGCGAGUUGGUGAUGGAAAUGAACCUUCUGCGUCAAAUGACAUGAUCAAGAUGCCAUAUGAUAUGGUGAUACCCUGGACUGGUGAAUAUUCAGUGUCCCAACUGAUAGAUGCUACCUUUCCCAACUUGGCAGAUAAUUCUGAGGAUCAAAAUUACUUGCUUAACCGGGUAUUGAUCACACCACUGAAUGAGCAUGUCGAUAAGUUAAAUGAUCGAGUGGUUAGCAUAUUUCCCGGAGAAGAGGAUACGUAUCAUUCAUUUGAUUCCGUGGAAGAUUAUUUCCAAAACCUCUAUCUUCAAGAACAAUUGAACGGAAUAUCCCCGGGUGGUUUACCUCCUCAUGAGUUGAGACUGAAUCUAGGAGCACCCGAUGUUAGUGCCAAGAACGGCUUAUGCAAUGGUACUAGGCUUAUCAUGAAGAAGUUCUUUCCAAAUUAUAUCGAUGCAGUGAUCCUCAGUGGAAAUUCAGCGUGUAAAAAAGUAUUCCUCCAUAGGAUGCCAAUGAGCCCGCCAGAAAAUCUUGAGAUGCCGUUCAAGAUGAUUCGCAAGAAAUUCCCAGUACGUAUGUACUUUGCAUUUAAAAUCAACAAAUCACAAGGACAAACAAUUGAAAACACCGGUAUUUAUCUUCCCGAGCAUGUCUUCAGCCAUGGACAAUUGUAUGUUGGGCUUUCAAGGGGUGUUUCCAGUAACAACACAAAGGUGUGA